AUGAAAAGCCUCGUUUUCAAUAUUGUUUUCAUCGACAACCAUUUUUUUAAAAAGGCAAAUCUCAAUAGAAGAAUAACAUGGGUGAUUCACCUCGAUCUGCCAAUGCAUCCCCAGCACAUUCUGAUGCAUCUGGGGUUGGGAGGAAAUCCAUUGCACACUCAGUCAAGAGGCAGUGCAAUCACAUAUUUAUCAGAUGAUGAGCCAGAUAAGAAUCCAUUCCGGAUGCCACCAGAGAAUGAUAUUUUUAUGCUCCGGGACAAAGAGAGAGAAAAGAAGAAACAGGAGAGAAUCAAACAGAGAAAGUUAAAGGUCCAUGAGAAGACAACAUAUGCAUCCAGAGUGAACUUCAAGACUGCAUCCACUAUUCACCCUGCAAACUCUGAUGAUGAUGAAGGCCAAGAGGAGGAUGAUGAUAAAGCUGUUGCAGUGAAAGAUGAUCCACAGUUCACUAUAGCUGUCACUAGAGACCGACAUGUUGAAAAAGAAUCACUGGCAGACUACAUCACAAAGAAACGUGAGAUGUUCUUAGUUCAAUACUCUUUAGGGGUGAAACGGGAUGAGAUGAGGAAGCUUGAAGAUAUUGCGGGUGCAGAGGAGAAGAAACUUGAACUAGCUGAACAGUAUCUUGAAGAGGACGCUGCAAUGUUUGAUGAAUUCCUGAAGGAAAAUGAUAAAAAUUCAGUUGAAGCAAUAAAAAUAGCUGAAGCAGAAACUAAGGCAAAAUUAGAAAAAGUAGCAGAAAUCAAGAAAAUCAAUGCACAGAUGAUGGGCAUAAAAAGUGAAAUAUCAAAAUAUGAGGACACUCUCAAAGAAUACCAACUUUAUAAACGGUUUCUAGAUGCCCUCACACCCAAGGAAUAUUCAGACAAGCGAGAUGCAGAAAGGCAAAAAAGGAGAGAGGAGAGGCGAAAGGCAAGACAAGCUUCCACAAAACCAGCUACACCAGGAAUGGAUGAGAAAUCAGGGACCAGUCUUAGUGUUAGUAAUGCAAAAACAAACAAGGGGAGAAUCUCCAGACAAUCUUCAAAGACGCCAACUGGUAAAAAAGGAGACAAAGAUAACAGUAGUGUGGUGGUUGUUGCAGAGGAUAUGGAAACAUCAGAGGAGUCAGAGGAGGAGCUAGACUUGUAUUUCACUGACCCCCAACAACUGCUAGAUAUAUUUGCCGAGCUUGAGGAGCAGAACUUGUCUCUCAUACAGAAUAGUCAAGAAGUUGAGGAGGCUUUGGAAGAAAUGAAACAAACAAUGAAACAAACCAAACAAAAAAUGGAAAAAGAAACGGAGGUGCUAAAAGAUCAGAUAGAUAAACUGAAUGAUCAGAUUAAUAAGGAAGAAGAAAAGGCUGCAGAAUUAGAAAUGAAAGCAAGAAUGUUCUCAUAUGGUGAAUUCAAGGCUGAGGACCAGGAGAAAAUGUUAGCUCAGCUUAACAGCAAAGUGGAGGAAGUCUACAACAGUUGUAUAGGGAAUAAUGAGGCUAAUAUUAGUACUUUACAAAUGUUAACGAAUAUAGAAAAUAGACUUGAAGAGCUGUUUGAAAUGAUAGAAAUGAUGCCCCCUGAUAAAGUUGAGGCUGCUGAAAAGUCUAAAGAGAAAGAGAGAAGACUGAAGUUGCGAGAGGAGAAAAUGGAACAACAGAGGAUCCACCAGGAAGAGAGGGUAAAGAGAGCCCUGGAAAGAGCAAAGGCUGACCCCAAGAAAAAGACUGGUCGUAGGCUGGUGGGGAGGUCUGAGCCCCCAAGACUUAAGAAGAAGGAAGAUGACGGGGCUGACAAGGCCAGCAGAGAGGAGGAGGAACUGGCUUAUUUCUUCACCUAAUAGACACUGGGCCUUUAUACAUCUUUAUCAUAUAAUAGACACUGGUCCUUUAAAUGUAACCUCACUGAGAUUCCAAAUAGACAAUGGGCCUUUAAUUCUCUGCCAACAGACACUGGCCCAAUGUUUGCAUCAAGGCCCUGUGGAACAGUUUCACCAACUCAACCAGCUCAUAGUGGGGAAGUUUCAGGUUUACUUUCGUAUCAUACUGGUAAAAGUGGUCAGUUUUACAUUGAAUCCAUCCAAAGAAAAUACCGUCCAAUAUUGUACAGUACAUUCUUUUUUGAUAUACCAUUGACAUAUUUUGUUAUUUAUUAUUUACAUGUAGAUACGUUUAUUAGAUGAUUUUAUGAAGAUGUUCUAAGACCCAAAUUUAGAUCAGCAGGUAUGGUCUACGGACUGGAAUGUGUUGUUAUCAUUAUAAAUAGUAGUAUAACUUCAAUAAAUUAAUAAAAAUGUUAAAUUAUAAACAA